AUGGACCGACUCGAAUCGCUUCGCUUUGACCAGGCUGUCGGCCAAGGCUUCAGGAUUUCGGUCUCCGACAGCCUGCGACACCCAGGCUGUCCGAUCGACUUCGAGUCUUCUGCAGGCUCGCCUGCAACGGCGUCCAGCAUGAAACAUGGAUCGUCGGUCGGGGCGCCCUGCACAUCAGCUGCCACGCCGGCCCGCUUCUGCAUUCCCACAGCCAAACACGCUUAUCCUCGCUCCUCCGUGGAGCGCUGCCCAGACCACACCACCCAGCCUGGUUCGCCUGAUGGCGCCAAGAGGCUUUUGCGAUCUCAGCACAAGCCAACUUCAUCCGCGGCCUCGGGCGAACUGGCGCCGAAUCAUCGCGCGAGAUCGCUCCUAGCUCCUCCGCUGAUCUUUUGGACCGCUGAUCUUACGGAUCUUUGUGUGAAGCUCAAGCUGAAAGCGCCGUGUCUGUUUGGCAAAGUUUCAGGCCUACAAGGAAGCAGCCUGAAGCUGAUACCUCUACCCGCCAUUGAGAUCGCCGAAAGCCUUGACGCUUGCUCGUCCUUAAGCCCGAGACUCCAGGCCAUUGCAAUCUCGAGUCGCAUCUCUGCCCACCGGUCUCCAACGCAAUCAUUGCACACGGCAACCAACCAAUUCUUCUUCAAUUAUCAACGCAACCCUGGUGGAGAGCGCGCCCGAGCUCCUUCCCUUCUCAUCCUCUCAAGCUUCGUAUCUCGUCCACGCUCCUCACCUCCCUCCUCCCCCCUCCCUCGUUCCCCCUUCAUCAUCGAGGUACGGAUCCCAUCACCACUUCCUCAUCCACCACCACCCCAGACAAUCCACUCAAGCUCGAAGCGAGAUGGCGAUCGAGACCGACCUGGACACCGCCGCUUGCGAGGCCUCCUGGCCUUCGAGACGCCUGAAUCCCAAGUCCCUUACCUGGUGGUCAUUUCUCUGGAUCUUGUACCUCCCCUUCGGAGCUUCCAUCCCAGUGCCAUCUUCCCUCUCGUCAAGUUUGAAGUGGUGGAUCAUCAAGGCAAGCCCGUCCCAGCCGAGACGUUCACAGCCGCAAGCUUCAGCGAGACCGACAGGACAUCCAGGCGCAGGAUCUACUGUGCCGAGCAUCCUUAUAUCUUCCUCGAUGGCUGCUUGGCGCCUCUGACCAACUCUGCGAUUGUCGUCGCCGAAGUCGCUGCCAAGGGCAUCACUGGAUACCUGACCGGGCCAAUUGCUUACGUCAAGAAGCGCGGUAUACCCCUCGUCAAGAUGCUCGAGGAGUGGUCGCAGAACCCGAAUUUUGCCAAGAACCUCGUCAUCUUCCCUCAAGCCGUGACGGUCGCCCGCAACAACUUCGUCAAAUUCGGCACGCCGACAUUCGAGUUUGCUGCCUCUCAUCCCGAUGCGAUCGAACUUGUGCCCGUGGUGAUCAGCUACGACAUGCCCUACCCGAUCCAUCUCCGCAAAGCCGACUCGAGCUUCCUUUUCGACUUCCUCCUGCUCAUGAUGAUGCCGUACGCAAAGGUCACCUAUGUUUUGCUCGAGGCCGUGCAGCUUCACAACCGAUCGGCAGAAGAGAUCAAACAGACCUGCGAAGACGCCAUUGUGGAGUGCUCCCUCAGGCAAUGCCAGCGACACAAUAUCGACUAUCGCGACAAGGUGUCUUGGAGGCAUCUCCUCUCUGCGAGGCUUCACCCCACCUACCGCUCAUUCGAGGUCAAGGUCAUCAACCUGAUCCAGAGCAUUCCGGGAAUCUUGGUGCCCUCUCUCGUUCUGCAUUACUCGUUCCAAGAGUCUAUCAUCAUCCUUUUGGGUGCUUGCGUCUACUGGUCGCGUUGGAACCAGCUGACGCUGACGAUCAUCAUGCGCGCCUGUGUCGUUGUCUUCGGCAUCGUCAACUUCAUCAAGGUCCUUCGGCCCGUGCCUCGUCCGGCUUGGGUUGCAGCCGAUCGCUUGAAGCUCAAUCCUUACAAGCUCAAGAAGCCGCUCCGACAGUACGACUACUCGUUUCCCUCCGGCCACUCGGCAUUCAUGGCUUGUGUAUACUCGUCCUACUACUUCAGUCGCAACCACCCAGAGGUGCAGUUCGACUUCCCCACCGUGGCGCACGUCGUCUUGACCUUCCUCACGCUGGCCAGUGGUCUGUCGCGUCUCUACCUUGCGCUUCAUUGGCCCCUCGACGUCCUCUGCGGCUGGGUGAUCGGCGGCCUGUGGGGCUGGGCAUGGGGUGCCUUCUUGGACGCACGCUUCGACAAGCUUCCCAUCGGCAUACAGAUCGCCAUCUCGUUGGGGGUCGGCCUGUUUUUCCUGGUCAUCACGAUGCUGCGCAUGUUCGUCCUCCCAGCCAAGAUCCCCGCCAAGGUGUGGUCGGAUCACGUCGGACACCUGCUGAAGCUGCGUGACCCGCACCAGCUCUUGCUCAACGUCUCGAUGCUCUGGGUCAUCCUUGCGUCCAAGGCCUUUAUCAUCGCAUUCUACAACGCUGGUGCUGCUAUCGUCAUUUGCCCGCUCGGCAGGUCCUCCUGGCUCAUCUUCAUGCAGAUGCUCAUCGGGCUCGUUUCGACUGCACUUAUCUAUGUGCUGAUCGUCCAUCUUCCGGGCCAGCUUUUCCCUCCGCCCAAGCCGAAGAAGCAGGACCCCGAAAAGCAGCAGCUGCUGUCCGAGAAGAGAGGCCCCCUCCCCAGAUGGACCAGGCAGUACAGCCGCGCCGAGAUCACGGGUGCGGUGGCGAGGGCAGCCUGGUGGCUCUUUGCGUCCUCCUUCGUCCUCUUCUACAUUGCCAUCUUCAGCCAGCUCGUUGCGAGCAAGAUCGAAGAAUCUUAUUGCUCCGUGCUGGUCUACAAGAAGAUCGCAGCAUACGGAGAUGAGUAG